GAAAAUGAGUUUAUUCCGUUAUUUUCAUGUUUGUGGGCAUUUUAGUUGAUCUCCAGUUUCUUGUGUGUAGCAAUCGAGACAGAAAGAGAUGUAUCUAAAGACACCGUUUUGGAGGGACGGGGCGAACGCCGGAACUCAGAAUGAUUCGCAAUCGCCGGUGGCGGACCUGGUUAACUCGCUAGAUAGGCAGAGAUUGUACAGGGAGAUCACACUUGCACUCCGGACCGGACUAAACGACGCACGCGCUGAGUUCUCCUUUCUCCGAGUCCGCGCCUUGAACGCCAUCCACAAGUUCCUCCGAUCUGUAGCCGAGUCUGACGCCACCAUCAACCUCUUCUGCCACAGCCAAUCCAUUCCUGAGCUUCAAGUGGUUCCGGUGCUGUUUAAACAUUCACUGAGAGAACAUGAGGAUCAGAAUGUAGAUAGUCUUGACCAUAUAUUCACUGUUGAACCCAUGGAAAUAACCAGUCCUUCUACUGAUGCUGAAGUUGCCCUUGCACUUAGAGUUUUGGAGGGCUGCUGUCUGCUUCAUCAGGAGAGCACCAUUUUGGCACAUCAAUACAAGGCCAUUCCGGUAUUAAUGAACAUACUAUCAAAUCGAGGGGUACUUGAGCAAGGUGCAUGCUUAGAUGCAUUGAUUUCAAUACUGCUGGAUUCAUCAACCAAUCAAAUGGAUUUUGAGGCUUGCAAUGGCAUAGAGGAAGUUGCUUUACUAAUACGAGACAAACAAGUAGACGAAAACCUAAGGUUGAAAUGCGGAGAGUUUCUGUUGCUUCUCAUAGGGCAUGUGAAUGGGAGGGAUAAGUUACCCAUGGCAACAAUACACGAAGACGUAAGGAGGUUCCUAGGCGAAAAAUCCGCAUCAUUGAUAUGGGCAGCAAGCCAGUUCGGCUCAACCCUUGAUCCAGAACAGCGGUUAACAGCUCUGCACAUUCAAGCUCGCCGGGUGCUUGAAUCAAUCGAUCUAUACUGAAUGAAUUUCACUUCAGCAUAAAUGGCUGCCUCUCCUAGCUGUCCAAAAGCUACAGACAGAAUUACAGAAACUCCCCUCUAUUACCUGGUUUGUUCCUCUUAGAAUAAAAAAGAAACAGGGAAUGUGAUUGUAAAUUAUUUUCCUAGUAAAAGUAGACCAAGAAUCUCAUCUGCUUUAUCCUGGGACCACUCCUUCAUUUCCAGAGAAAAAAAAAAGGAAAGAUAUUCUUAUUAUA